AUGUCUAAAAGUUCCUUGGAUUUCCUUAAAGAGACCGGCACCACCGUUGUCACCGAUACCGGUGAGUUCGAGAUGAUUGCAAAGUACAAGCCUCAGGACGCAACCACCAACCCGUCUUUGAUUUUGGCAGCUUCCACCAAGAAGGAGUACUCCAAGCUCAUUGAUGAGGCUGUUGCCCACGUCAAGAGCGGCUCUGGUGACGCCCGCUGCAAGGCUGAGGAGGCCCUCGACGUUCUCCUCGUCGAAUUCGGUUCCAAGAUUCUCGAUAUCGUUCCUGGCCGUGUGUCCACCGAAGUCGACGCUCGCCUUUCUUUCGACAAGGAGGCCACAAUUAAGAAGGCCCUCAAGAUCAUCGACCUGUACAAGCAGAAGGGCAUCUCUAAGGAGCGUGUUCUCAUCAAGAUUGCUUCCACCUGGGAGGGUAUCCAGGCUGCCCGCGAGCUUGAGGCCAAGCACGGCAUCCACGUCAAUCUGACCUUGCUGUUCUCCCAGGUCCAGGCAAUUGCUGCCGCUGAGGCCCACGUCACUUUGAUUUCUCCCUUCGUCGGCCGUAUUCUCGACUGGUACAAGAAGAGCACCGGCAAGGACUACAAGGGCGCCGAGGACCCCGGUGUCGAGUCGGUCAAGGCCAUCUUCACUUACUACAAGAAGUUCGGCUACAAGACCAUCGUCAUGGGUGCCUCUUUCCGCAACAUUGGCGAGAUCAAGGAGCUGGCUGGUGUCGACUUCUUGACCAUCUCCCCCAAGCUGCUUGAGGAGCUGUACAACUCCAACGAGCCUGUCCCCAUCAAGCUUGACGCUGCUGCUGCCAAGUCUGCCGACGUCGCCAAGGAAACCUUUGUUGACGACCACGCCAAGUUCCUAUUCCACCUCAACAAUGACCAGAUGGCCGUUGAGAAGCUCAGCGAGGGUAUCCGCAACUUCGCCAAGGAUACCGAGACUCUUCUCACCGACCUUGCUGGCCGUUUCUAA